CAGAUUCAUGACGCUGAACGGAGCGGAAAGAAAUUCUCUGGCGCCAUCUGUUGGCUCCAAUUUGAUCACGUCGGAAGGAAGAAGAACGGCUGUGGCAGGAAUUUCAACACUGAUGUCGGACUGAGGCAGCUGUCCUGGUGCACUCAAGUCUCUGCUUUCACUGUCUUCCAUCAUCAUGACCAUGAUGACUGUGGUAGAGAUUUAUGAGGCGAAUCACAAGGUUUCGGAGGACUUUGGACAAGAGAAGGCGUCUCUUGUCUUGUGAGAGAUGCUCGUGAAGCACAAACCUGCUACAAAGACACCCGUGCACGUGUGACUUCACCUGCUCUGUAGCUGCUGUCAGAGGUGUGAUGGAGACGUUCGGCUUAAGGAGGACGCAGUCACUGAGGAGCCUCUCCUGGGUUGAAGAGAGGUCACGGGGCGUGCCAGCUUCCACCCGCUGGGACAGAAAGUCUGUGUCGCAGCUGGUGCAUCAUUACCAAAGCUCCGGUGACCUGAGGAGUCCAGAAAAAGUGACACUGAAAUUCCAGAUAUCAGACAGAUGUUCACAACAAGGAUGGCGAGGACCAGAUAACAGAGACAGCAUGGUCUUAGGGGACUCUUUAAGAACCAUCAAACUGUCACGAAGCCGCUCCAUGGACUUUCUCCCUCAGAGGGAGACCUCAGGUACCAAAGCUCUAUGUGCGCUGUUCGAGUCCAAGGCCAAGCUGCAGGGGAACUCCGGCUGUCCACCCCGCCGCAACUCGUCAGUGUCUUCAAGAGAUGUCAAGAAGGAAAGAGACCACCCCCUGCAGGACUGGAAAAGUCAUGAAACAAGCGUUCAGAGGGUGACCCAGUUGGAGGGAGGAAGGACCACAAAAGGCCUCCAUGAGACUCACAACAAAGUUUCCAGAUGCUCAAAUGAUGACAAAUUUAGCACAUUUGCAUCAGUGACCAAGAGGCCCAUCCUAUCAUCCUCUGUUAGGGACAGGUCUGCUCUCUAUCUGUCAAGAGCAGCAUCCGUUGACCUCGCUGGUGGUUCGACACAGGCGGGAUUGAUUGGUACUUCAGGGACAAGAAUUAAAACCAGCACGAUGGCUGAGACAGCCAAGAAAGUCACAGUUUCGCCAUCAUCUCAUGAUGAAGAUGAUCUUCCCCUCCCUCCUCCGCCUCCUCCUGUGGCUGCAAGGCCACUCGACUGUGAAGGGACCUCAGCAUUAGGUCACCUCCCGGUGCCUCCGCCGAAAGAAACCUUUUCCACAUACUACCAGCAAAGGCAGAAGAGUGAACUGAAGAGGCUCUUUAAACACAUCCACCCGGACAUCAGACAUCUCGGUGACGCAGUGGAUGAUGAUAUAAUGAAAGCAGUGCAACCAGAGGACACGGGGGCAGCAGAUGGAGCAUAUCAAGGUGAAGUACAGUCAAUGAGGUGGAUCUUUGAGAACUGGACUCUGGAUAGUAUUGGUGAUCCUCAUUCAACCAGGAAGUUGCUAGAUGAGGAGGACUUAACAGGUGGAAAUGUCAGAAGCACCUCCUCAAUGUUUGAGGACUGUGGUAGUCGACAACUAAUUAGAGAGGAACUUGCUCAAAGGCAGACCUCAGUCAGGGGGGACGUUAGAACAUCCACCUGGCUGUUUGAAACACAGCCCCUGGAUUCCCUUAACAAAAAAGACGAUGAAGAACUGGUUGAAGUUGUGUUGAAAGAGCCUGUCCAGACAGGAGAUGUGAGUGGCACACGUCUGCUCUUUGAGACAAAACCACUAAGUGACGUUGGACGUUGUGACUCCAUAGAGGACAAUAACUUCUUGAAACUGAUGUCUGAACUCCAGGAACAAAAAGGAGAUGUCCAAAAGACUGUGAAACUUUUUCAGGCAGAACCUAGCUGUGCCAUUAGGGACAAAAAUGGCAAUAUUCACACAGUUAGAUCUAUUUGCAGGGAAGAAAUCAACAAUGGCAACACAGGCAGUGCUCGUUGGCUGUUCGAAACCCAACCUUUGGACCUGAUUAACAAGGGACGUGAUGGUGUGAAAAUAAUCCGGGGUAUAUCGCUAGAAGAGGGAAACAGAGGUGGAGUGGACAGAAAGAGGUGGAUGUUUGAAACACAGUCUUUUGAAGCAUUACAAGAGUCAUCGGGAAUGGACAAGAUCAAGUGCACAUUGGAUGACUGCACAAAAGAGGCUGAUGUCACCAACAAGACAAAGCUAUUUGAGAUGCAACCACUAGCAACACUAAGAGGAAAUAUAGAGGAAAAGACAUUGGAAAAGGAUGCAAUAAUUGGAGGAGAUGUUAAGACAUCCCUAUGGCUAUUUGAAACGCAACCCAUGGAGACUCUAAAUGAUAGCUAUGAAGUUGGCUCUUUGAAGAAGAUUACCCUUUCAGCUGAUGAGCAAGGAGCAAUAAAAGAGAAAAAAAUAAUAUUUGAGAGCCAGGGCACUGAAAAGAGUUCCUCUGUAAAACAACAAGUGAUUGAAAGCGGUGCUGUGAUGGGAUUCAAGCAUCUUUUUGAAACAAUUCCUCUCAGUAAAAUUGCUCAUUGUAAUGAGCAGGAUAACACAUCAGGAAAGCAAACAUCUGAGGAUUCGCCUUUGUAUGCUAUAAAAGACAGCUCUGGAAAUUUCCACACAGUAACAACGGCCAGCCGUGAGGAAUUCAUCAAGGGGAAUGUCCAAAACUACAAGUGGGUGUUUGAGACCAAGCCUUUACACGAAAUGACAGAAGGAACGAAAAAUGUUGAGGAAAUCAAAGGGAUCACAAGACAGGAGGACACAAGGGGGGAUGUCAAAUUGGCAAAGUGGCUUUUUGAAACCCAGUCAAUAGAUGGAAUUCAUUCCAAGUUCAUCCAGAAGGAGGCACACAGUUCUGCUGGAGGUUUGCCUUCUAAGGGUGAUGUAAAGACAUGCAAAUGGUUAUUUGAGACACAACUGAUGGACAUUUUGGAUGACAAAUCAGAGACUGUGAAAGACAGAGAGACCAUUGACAAUGGGAGCGUAAAGUCGAUCACAUGGCUUUUUGAAUCACAGCCAUUAGACAACAUAAAAGAUGGUGAGGAGUACAAUUUAAAGCUCUGUACCACGAUAAAGGAUUCUGUCAAAUCUGAGAUAGGUGUUCAAACAGUCAAACAUCUUUUUGAAACAGAGACCCUUGAUUGCACAAGAAGAGACCAGAUCAACCAAGAUUCAAGAUGUGUUAGCCAAGUGAACCUUCAGUCAGGAGACGUCUCAAGAGUCAAAGAACUUUUUGAAUCCCAGUCCCUUGACGAAAUCGGAUCAGAAAUGGCCACGAUAUAUGAUGAACACGACGGUAGCGAUCCCAUCCAGAAAGGAUCUGUGCACAAAUUCACUUGGUUGUUUGAGAACUGUCCCAUGAACUCUAUCAACAAAGACAAUGAAGAUGCAAAUAUUCAGAGAGUUAGUGAGGCUGUGAGCGGGGAUGUGAAGAACAAAAAGUUUAUUUUUGAAACCUCAUCACUGGACAAAAUCCAUGCGCAAUCUCUUGGAAACAAGUCAGUCAGUGCGGAAAAGCUCGAGAAUGACGUUGAUGUGAAGUCCAGUACCAUGAUGUUUGAGUCCCUGCCACUGUAUGCCAUUAGGGAUAAAGAGGGCCAGUUUCAUGAGGUGACAACUGUGAAAAAGGAUGAGGUCUUGCGUGGUGAUGUGAGAGGAGCCAGAUGGAUGUUUGAGACAAAGCCACUCGAAGCCAUCAAGGCAGAAAAUGAAGUUUAUGUCAUCCGAGCUGUUACUCAAGAGGAUGUCGAGAAAGGAGAUGUCAAAUCAGCCAGAUGGAAGUUUGAGACACAACCAUUGGACUCCUUUACCGACAGAGAGGAACCUUCUGUUAAGGUCACUGAAGACUUUGGGAGCUGUAAUGUGCAGUUAAAUAAAAAGAUGUUUGAAUCUGAGGAAUCAAACAGUAAGUUUGUAAGAAUGGUUAGUGUCACUGACGUUCAACGUGGUGAUGUUAGGACUUCUACCUGGCUCUUUGAGAACCAAACAAUUGACAGUCUCAGGGGAGAACCUCAAGAGCCCGGUCCAGUCAAGACAGUCCACAGAGAAGAGAGCCAGAAAGGGGAUGUGAAACGUUGCACUUGGCUCUUUGAAUCACAGCCACUGGACAAAAUCAAGGACCCAGAAGAAAUAUGUUUCCAGGGUUCAGGGGAAAUAAUUCCAAAAGCUGAUGUGAAGUGCACAACCUGGCUUUUUGAGACAACUCCACUUGACAAAAUCACCUCCAGCAGUGUCACUGACACCAUGGCAUUAUUAAGUGAAUUGAACUUAGUUCUAUCAAGUGGCAUUGUGAUAGAAGCAAAAGAAGGUCAAAAUGUUACCAUGGCAAAAUUCACUCUGGGAAGCACUCAUCAAGUCCAAAUUCAGAAAGAAGAAGUUGUUGAGGGCAACCUCCGGAACAUCAUUUUACAACUCUUACUCAAACCAAGCAACCCACAAGUUACGUUUCUUCGAGAAUUGGAAAAAGGAAAAGUGAAUACCACUGUAGUCCAACUUCCAUUCUACCAGUCAUCUACGAUUGAUCGGGAUCAAAUAAUACAAAACAUUGUUGAGAUGAUUGACGAAAUACUUGCCCAAGGUAAGAACUUUAAGAAAGGAGUCCUAAUGCAAGAAACUGCCAGUGGACAGGCAGAUAUGUCUGUCUAUUCACUCAUCAGCCAUACUGAAACUGAUACUCAAAGUCUUGUGAUUGAAAGAGGCGAUGUGAAGACUGCCAUUGGAAAUCUGUUAGAAACCGGAAGCAGUACAAGGACAGCUGCCAAAUGUAGAAUCGAUGAAAAUGAGAAGGGGAAUGUGAACUUAUACAAAAGUUGUAUUGAGAAAGGAGAUCUGCACUACCUGAAAAGUCUUCAUACUGAGUCAUCAGAAGAUGAUGUUGAUCACAACAGUCUUGGAAAGGAGCAUAUCGAAAUCAUACAGGGGGAUGUGAGAGGGGCAAAAAGAAGUCUCUGUCAGCAAAAGGAAGCUGCGGAGCGGUCUAUUUCAGAUGUUCUACCAGGGGACGUGAAGAACACCAAAAAAGUAUUUUCAUCAGAGUGCUCAUUCAUACCUGAAAACUGCAUUCCACGGGAUGAAAUCAUUCCUGGGGAUGUUUCAACAGCAAAGCAACAACUCGCAGCAAAGCAGUCAGUCAUGGUAGAAAAAGAGGAAAUUGUGGCUGGAGACAUUAAGGCAUCAAUGCAGUCAUUAGAACGCGCAAAGCAACUGAGUAUGAAUAUAGAGCGGAAGAACAUUAUACCAGGGACUAUUUAUGAUAUGGAAUUGUCAUCUAAGUGCCCUGAACCAGAAGGCAGUCAAGUACAAAAUGAGCCAAUCAUAUCUGGAGACGUGAAGGCAGCUAAAAAGUCCCUGCAACUGGCCAAGCAGCAAAGCAUGCAUGUAGAGCGGGAGAGCAAGGCUCCUGGAAAAAUAUACAGCCUGAAUGUCUCUGCACAAGAAGGAAGCUCGGCACUGGUCACCCAAUCAUCUUCGUCCUCCGGAAGCCAACAAAUCAAGACUUGUCCAAAGGUCAGUGAUACAGCCAAAGUUUUGGAAAAACAUGUUUCCUUAGACACUUGCCAACAGGGAGACUUAACCCAUAGUGCAGUUCUAAUCAAUUGUAGCUCACCAGACCCAGCUUUAAUAAGUUAUGAUUGUAAUGGUCUGACAACAGAAGAUAAGCGAGGGGAUGUUGUUAAAGGAGAUAUAAAGUCAGCAAUUAGAUCGCUGCAGAGUGCGACAAUGGAGCAGAGGUUCCCAGAUAAAGAAGACAUUGUAAGAGGUAACGUCCACCUCGCAUUGCAAUCUCUUGAGAAGUCUAGUGUAAAUGUCUCCAAGGGAGACUUUAAAUCAGCGAUGCUAUACAGGAAUUCAGCGAGCGCUUGUUCAGAAAGGAGCAAACAGAGUGUUGUGGUGUCUAGCCCUCCAUCUGACAGAACAUUGUCUCCUUCAAUUUCAGUAACGUGUCAAGAUCAACCAUCGAUCACAGCACAGAACUCAACAUGCUACCCGGUAGAAAAUGGAGGCUCUAAAUCAUCUACUUCUGAAGUUGUAACUGCUCCACCAUGCCUGCUAAAGAGACCACAGAACAUGAAGCCAGCUUUACCACCAAAGCCACAAUGGACUAAACCAGCAGUCACUGACUAUCCGAAUAUAUCACCUUUAAGUCUAAGGAAGCCAGUCUCUCCUCAAAAUGCUCACACUUACGCACAACUUCCCACUGACACAUUCAGUGAAGAUGCAAGGCAGAAAACUGCACUGAGUGCAGGAAAAUCAAUGUCCAAUAACAGUGAAUUGGUGAUGGAAAGAAAUUUCAUACAGAAAAUCAAUGCAGCAGAGGAGAUCCAAAACUGCAUGAAAGAAUAUAAGGACAAUCCCAAGCAUGAAAUGAACUCGAGCUUGCAGGCUGCCUUAAAUGCCUUUGAGAGAGCAGGCGGUCGGACCCUAAACAAAAAAAACAAAAGUCACACAGGUGACAUGAAUGAUAAAGGUGAGGUGAAGAAACCAACGAAAAACACAACCACCACUCAAAACUGUAGCUCAAACCUCUCAACUCUGAACAGACAACUCUACAGUUGCGACAUGUCAGAGACAAACAGUGCGGCAACUGCAGGCCAAACAAAAAAAAUACCCAAUGACAAUGGGGAAAAAGUUGUUUUAAGACAGAAGAAAGUCAGGGAGACGGAGAGUCAGCGUCGACAGAGGCUUUCUGUGCACAUGGAGGAGAUCAUGAAGGGAAAUGUGAAGGCAGCCAUGGAAAUAUUUGAAAACAUGAGGAAACGAGAGGAGCUAAAGGGAAUCUUGUCUCAGGUGCAAGAGAUAGGAGAAACCAGCAAUGUAGAUGUUAGCUUAUUAGAAACAUUUUGUAAUAAUGUCCCUGCUUGGAUGGUCUCAUCAAGUGAAAAUUCAAAGAAAAGCAAAGUCGAAAAACAAGACGAUGAUCUAGAAAGUGUUUCUUCGGUUGAAAAUGCAUUUGAAGAUUUGGAAAAGGCAAGCAAGGAAAUAAUAAAGCUGAAGGAACAAACUUUGGCAAAGCUCCUUGACAUUGAGGAGGCCAUUAAAAAGGCAUUGUACUCUGUCUCCAAUCUGAAAUCAGAGGCAGACAUUGCAGGGUUGUCUGGACUUUUUGAUGAAUCCUUAAAAUCAGAGCAACAUGUUCAACCUACUAACAAUAUCAGGAAAAUCAGCAUUGUGUCAACCAAGGCCAAAUCAGGUGAAGACAAAGACACAAGAAAUCAUUGCAGUGACUCAAGUCCUCUCAAGCAAGAAGCAGCCAAGCAAGCAAACAAGGUCAUGAGACAGUCAUCUACCCAGACGUCACCAUCAUUUAUAUCCAUUCAUUCAGCUGCCAGAAAGCCUGUUGAACAAUCAAGGCCCACCAUGUCGACAUCCAAACCAGCACCGGAGAGGAAUUGCCAAGGAGCUCCAACCCAAGACUCUGUUCACAACUCAGGAAAGCGCAAGGUCAGCGUGCUCGAGGUGCAAACUGUUCCAGAGGAACCUGGAGGAAUAAUCGGGACAAAGACUGUCAGUGAAACGUACAAAGAGACAGAUGGUUUUGGCAAUAUUUUUCUAUCCUCUAUGACGUCAACGUUUGUCACUGAACGGUCUGAUGGUCAAUCGGCUGCUGUGUUUGAGGUACUCGGGGGGCCUAACAUAUACAAAGUCAUGACAUCCCCUUUACUGCAAAGAUCUUGUGGCCCUUCUGAGGACAAGAAGCUUACUGACACUAAUGAGAAAGGGGAAGUGUUUGUUACAAUUAGCCAAUCGAACGAAAAACAGUGAAGAAACCAAAUCUCUUCAAGAGACCGAGGAAUUCCAUUUGUGUUACCUGUUUUUGUCAAUCAUAGAAAAAAAAAUCCCAUGUAGUGAUCAAGAUGUUGUUUUUAAUUUGAGUACCUUUUGUCUUAGAUUUUCUACUGUAACCACAUAAUGUAAAAUGU